AUGAUAUAAUAGAUUAAAUUAUACAGAGAAUUAGAAGAAUUUUUAAACUCUUCACUUUAAUCUCACAAAGUUCUAAAAAUUAAUCUGAGUUACGAAGAAAUUGGUGAUAUUGGUGCAUCAAGUUUAGGUUUAGCUCUCACAAAAUGCACUAAUCUAUCCAAUUUGGCAAUUGGUCUUAGUAACAAUAAAAUUGGUGACUAAGGAAUAUAAACCUUAGGUUCUGCUUUAGCAAAUUGCACUAAACUCUCUCAUUUGACACUUGAUCUAAGAUCAAAUAUAAUUGGUGAAAUAGGUGCAUCAGGCUUAGGAUCUGCUUUGGCAAAUUGCACUAAUCUAUCAAAUUUGGCACUUAAUCUUAAUGGCAAUAAUAUUGGCGCAAUAGGUGUAUCAGGCUUAAGCUCUGCUUUAGCAAAUUGCAUUAAUCUCUCAAAUUUAACACUUUAUCUUAGUGGUAAUUAAAUUGGUGAUUAAGGAACAGCAGACUUAGGUUCUGCUUUUGCAAAAUGCACUAAUCUCUCACAUUUGACACUCGAUCUUAGUGACAAUAAAAUUGGUGAUUAAAGUGCAUCAGACUUAGGUUCUGCUUUAACAAAUUGCACUAAUCUCUCAAAUUUGACACUUGAUCUUAGUAACAAUUAAAUUGGUGAAAUUGGUGCAUCAAACUUAGGUUCCGUUUUAGCAAAUUGCACUAAUCUCUCAAAUUUGACACUUAAUCUUUAAUACAAUGAAAUUGGUGAAGUAGGUGCUUCAGGUUUAGGUGCUACUUUAGCAAAUUACACUAAUCUCUCAAAUUUGACACUUAAUCUUUAAUCCAAUAAAAUUGGUGAAAUAGGUACAUCAGGCUUAGGAUCUGCUUUAGCAAAUUGCAUUAAUCUCUCUAAUCUGGCACUUAAUCUUUAAUCCAAUUAAAUUGGCGCAAUAGGUGCAUAAGGAUUAGGUUUUGCUUUAACAAAUUGCAGAAAUAUCUCAAAUUUGACACUCGAUCUUAGUUUCAAUUAAAUUGGUGAUGAAGGUGUAUCAGGCUUAGUUCCUGCUUUAACAAAUUGCACUAAUCUCUCACAUUUGAAACUUGAACUUAGCGAUAAUUAAAUUGGUGAUUAAAGUGCAUCAGACUUAGGUUCUGCUUUAACAAAUUGCACUAAUCUAUCAAAUUUGACACUUGGUCUUAGUAGGAAUUAAAUUGGUGCAAUAGGUGCUUCAGAUUUAGGUUCUGCUUUAGUAAAUUGCAUUAAUCUCUCAAAUUUGACACUCGAUCUUAUAUCCAAUCAAAUUGGCGAAAUAGGAGCAUCAGGCUUCAGUUCUGCUUUAGCAAAUUGCAUUAGACUCUCAAAUUUGAAACUUUCACUUCGUGGAAAUAAAAUCGAUUAAUCAUAAGAAUUGAAAGUAAAAAGCAAGUGUCUUAAAUCAAAAAGUUUAGUUGUCUAUGAAAUAAAUUUCCUAUGGUGA